AUGUCUCUGGCUAGCAACAAGAUCGUCGUCAUUACCGGUGCUUCUAGGGGGAUAGGAAGAGGUUGUGCUCUGGAGUUUGCCAGGCAAAGUGCACAUGGCCUCGUGCUACACUACUACGGCGACGCUGUGACAAAGGAAGAGGUUCAGACCUUGGAAACGGAAAUCAAAGGCUUCAGCAACACCCAAGUUACAUCUGUACCAGGAGACAUCGCAGACCCCUUGACUUCUAAAAAGAUUGUGGAUGCCGCAGUAGCUGCGUUUGGACGUAUCGAUGUCCUUGUCAGCAACGCUGGAAUAUGUCCAUUCGCUGAAUUCCUGACUAUGCCGCUGGAAACCUGGGAAAUUACUCGAAAAGUAAACCUAGACGGCUCCUUUUACAUUGUACAAGCUGUUGCCAACCAGAUGAAGACCCAAGUACCACAAGGAGGAUCCAUAAUUGGGAUAUCGUCGAUAUCGGCUCUUGUGGGCGGCGAACUACAGUGCCAUUAUACGCCUACCAAGGCCGGUAUUCUGUCCUUGAUGCAGAGCUGUGCCGUUGCCCUCGGCAAGUAUGGUAUCCGGGCGAACGCAAUACUUCCUGGAACAAUCGCGACCGAUAUCAAUAAAGAAGACCUGGCUGACACUGACAAGCGGGAAUCAAUGAUAAAGCGAACAGCUCUGGGUCGACUUGGCACACCCAGUGACAUCGCGGGGCCGGUGGUCUUCCUGGCGAGCGACCUCGCCAGGUACGUCACGGGAGCGUCCUUGCUAGUAGACGGGGGCUUGUUUGUCAAUCUCCAGUAG